GUGUGCGCGAGAGCCCAGCCAGGGUCGUGUGAAGGCGGCUCUCCCGGCGAGGGGCGCCAUCGGACGCAAAGCGGGAGGGCAGGCGGUGCGCGGGAGUUGGGGCCGAUGCCGCGGCUCGGAGUUGCAGAAACAAAUGGUGAUGAGCCUCCGAGUCUCUGAGCUGCAGGUGCUUUUGGGUUACGCAGGAAGAAACAAGCACGGCCGCAAACACGAACUCCUUACUAAAGCACUUCAUCUGCUCAAGGCUGGCUGCAGUCCCGCUGUCCAAAUGAAAAUCAAAGAACUUUACAGGAGGCGGUUCCCGCAAAAAAUAAUAUCCUCUGCAGACUUGUCCAUCCCAAGCGUCCACUCAACAUCCAUGUCAUCCCCUUUGUCAUCCUCUACCAUUCCACAACUUGCUUUUGAUGGCCACCCGGCAACCUCACCAUUACUUCCUGUUUCUCUUCUGGGACCUAAACAUGAACUGGACCUGCCCCAUCUGACCUCAGCACUCCACCCAGUCCAUCCGGACAUAAAGCUUCAGAAGUUGCCAUUUUAUGACUUGUUGGAUGAACUGAUAAAACCAACGAGUCUAGCAUCAGAUAAUAGCCAACGAUUUCGGGAAACCUGCUUUGCAUUUGCCCUGACUCCACAGCAAGUGCAGCAGAUCAGCAGCUCCAUGGAUAUUUCUGGAACCAAAUGUGAUUUCACCGUGCAGGUCCAGUUAAGGUUUUGCUUAUCUGAAACCAGUUGCCCACAAGAAGAUCACUUCCCGCCAAAUCUUUGUGUGAAAGUUAAUGGAAAACCUUGUAGCCUUCCGGGCUAUCUUCCUCCAACUAAAAAUGGGGUUGAACCAAAGCGACCAAGUAGACCAAUCAACAUUACUUCACUGGUGCGAUUAUCCACAACAGUACCAAACACAAUUGUUGUCUCUUGGACUGCGGAAAUAGGAAGAUCUUACUCGAUGGCUGUCUACCUUGUCAAACAGCUGUCCUCGUCUGUGUUGCUACAGAGGUUACGAAUAAAAGGCAUCCGGAACCCCGACCACUCCAGGGCACUAAUCAAAGAGAAGCUGACAGCAGAUCCUGACAGUGAAAUAGCAACAACCAGUUUAAGAGUUUCUCUUCUAUGCCCGCUUGGCAAAAUGCGACUAGCAAUACCUUGCAGGUCUCUGACUUGCUCACACCUUCAGUGUUUUGAUGCCACCUUGUACAUUCAGAUGAAUGAAAAGAAGCCGACUUGGGUGUGUCCUGUCUGUGACAAAAAAGCACCCUAUGAACAUCUGAUAAUUGAUGGGUUGUUUAUGGAAAUCCUGAAAUAUUGCACAGAUUGUGAUGAAAUUCAGUUUAAGGAAGAUGGGUCAUGGGCUCCUAUGAGAUCAAAAAAAGAGGCCCAAGAGGUGACCACAUCUUUUAAUGGUGUAGAAGGCUGCUUAAGUUCUUCUGUGGAUCAUCAGGUGUCUUCUCAUCAGUCAAAUAAAAACAAGAAGGUUGAAGUAAUCGACUUAACCAUUGACAGUUCAUCAGAUGAGGAGGAAGAGGAACCACCUGUCAAGAGGAGAUGUCCAUCCCUGUCUCCUGUGUCAUCCAUUAACAGCAAGAGCCUUUUAGGUCUGCCCCACCAAGUCUCUCCUGUUUCAAGGACUCCCAGCCUUCCAGCUGUUGACACAAGCUACAUCAACACCUCACUCCUGCAGGAUUACAGGCAUCCAUUUCAUAUGACUCCCAUGCCUUACGACCUCCAAGGUUUGGACUUCUUUUCUUUCUUACCAGGAGACAAUCAGCAUUACAGCACUUCCAUUUUGGCGGCCGCAGCUGCCGCCGUCUCCACUUCUGAUGAUCAAGAACUCUUGCACUCCCGUUUUUUCCCGUACACUUCGUCGCAGAUGUUCCUGGACCAGCUGAACACAGGAGGGAGCGCCACUCUCCCCGCCACGAAUGGCAGCAACAGCGGCAGCAACAGCAGCCUCGUGUCCUCCACCAGCAUUCGGGAGGCCCACGGUCACCCCGUGGCCAGCAGAAGUAACACAGACCCCACGUCUCUCUUUGGCGUCAUCCCAGACAUUAUUUCUUUGGACUGAGCUUGGUUGAGGUGUCCCUGGACUCGUGGGCAAAGAGAUUUGCAAUUUUGUUUUACCUUAUUUUUGUUUAGAAAUGCAGAUAAGUUUUUCCUUUUUUGUAGGGAAAAAAAGAUGUGUACAGAGAACAAAACUAUAUUUUCAGUUGUACUUUUGUAUAUAAACCUAAGAUAAUUUGACUGGCGAAAAACAAACAAAAAAAAUUACAAAAGCUCCCAACAUAAUUGCUUGGGAUUGGAAGACUUCUCCCCUCCCAAUUUGUCUUGUGCGCUGGUGGGCUUGUUUUGAAGCUUUGACUCUGAAGCACAUAAUUUUUUGUUUGUUCACAGCAGUGCUAGUGGGGAAAAUGGUGCGCCCGAAACCUUGAACUUCAUAGAGGACUUCUGAUUCUUGAGGAAACAGAUGGCAUCCACCAUAAUUGGAGAGAAUUUCUCCUUCCUUAGGGUAGGCUGCCUUGGCAAAGUUUCUCUGCACAAAUGCUUUGAAUUAGAUUCAACGUUUGCAAUUGGAUCGGACCUUCCUGCUUUUCUGCUCUGUUUGUUUAUCCUGAAGCGGGACAGAGGCAGUUUCAGUUACCGAAAUUCCAUAGCAUUUUCUUGUGUGAGGUGGAUGUAGGUUUUUGGAAAGUGGCUGUUUGUUCCGAAGUGGGACUCUUAUUUCUUCUCUGGGUUGUUUUUAUUAGCUAGCUCUGCCUUGGUUUGCUCAUAAUUCAGAUUUCAUGGUUUUGCUCUUUGCUAACUGUUUGCCAUUAAGGAGCUAUUCCAUUCCAUUGGAUGAGACCAAAUAGCUUCUUAAAAUCUUAAAGGCAUACUUUGUUGAGAUAGUUCCUUGGCAAUUAGAAGGUUAUGUCUGGAGUGUUAAAGACAAAGAAAUUGGUGGAAUUCUUAGAAUAUGUUUAAUAAAUAGAGCCAGCCCAUCAGCAUUUAAGCGGAAUAAUGUAAUUUCAAUGAGUUUAUUGUGUAGCUGACAAUGUCAACAGCCAUUGUAUGCACCAAGGUCCAAUCCUAGAAAACAUUAGGGGGGGGGGCUUGGGAAAAUGUGCCCCAUUGAAUUGAGUAGGAUUUAGCAAAACUAAUAUUUGAAUAAUUAAUCUCUAGGAUUGGGUUAAAGAGUGGCCCAUUAAAAUAUGACUAAAAGUCCUACCUUUUGUAUUUCAGCUUAGUGGAAAAUAACAAUCUAUAAGAUUAUUAUCCCCCUCCUUUCCUUCAAAACGUAUUAAAUUACUUCAGCAUUUUUUAGUCUGUUAAAUUCUUCUGAAGGAAAACGUGGGCCCUACCCUUUUAGCAUUUGUAAAUCCCACACUGAGGGAUGAAUGUUUUAGCAUUUUUUCCUUAAUUAAAUAACAAAACAUGGAAAUUGCAAGAUUUUAAAAAAAAAAUGACGGGGAAGUCAAGUGAAAUUUGCUGCAUGCCAAAAUCUGUCUUGAGGUUAAAAGAUUUUAUAGCUCAUCUUUAAAAUCAAGGUUUAAAAACACUGAAGAUUCCAGCAGGAGGAAGCAAAGUGGUGAAACAAGCCUGGCCGUUUUGUUUCGUUUUAAUCAGAAGGCACAUUCGCUGGUUCUUUGAGCAUUUUUUCCAAACUCUUAUUUUCAAGACUGUCCUUCAGUGAAACUUAAAUCAGUGAAAAGCUACCAAUUUUUAAUCUUAAAUGUUUUUUUAUAUAGACCUCAGAAAUGUUAUAUUGGAUUUUCUGAAAUACAUCCCAUUUGCCAUUUAAACUUUGAUUUGAUUAGGAAUGUUUGUUUAUAUGUAUAUGUGUGUGUAUAUAUGUAUUUAUAGAUAUGUGUGUCUGAGAGCGAGGGUAUGUGUUUUGUUCCAUGCAUGUAUUCUAUUAAUGUUUGGCCAAUAUGUUUCCUUGCUAGUUUCUAAUUUAUUAAAUGGCAGUAAAAGUUACAAGAACCAAGUAGAAAACAGUAAUAUUUUCUAAAUUCACUAUAGUUUGGGGCAUUAAAAUUAAUACUGGCUUAAGAAUUAUACCCUAACGUUCAAAACGUGUCCUCUCUGUGUUCCAAGUGAAGAUUGGCAAAAGCCAGGGGUGUGACUGCAGAACAGAAUUGGCGCCAUUCUCUUGAAAGUCUGCGGCUUUCGAUUUGACACUUUUUCAUAGUCCAAAUAAUUGUUUUAAUUAACAUAUAUGUUCAAAUAACACACCGUAGCACAUUGUAAGAUGUGCGCUUUCCAGGUUGUUAAGCUAAGGAGUCCGGGCACAGUGUGUAAAAAUGAGUUGAAGUCACACUCUGUUUAUUUGUGAUGGAGAAUCAGCACAUGUACAGUAAAUGCAUCAGGCAAGUAGCUGUGUGAAGCUUGUUUGCACUGACCGUGACUCGUACGUCCUGUGUGUGAUCUGUGUGUAUAUCAGGCCCCUUCUGCGUCUAGCUUAAGAACCCGAAUUUAUGCACUGCUUUGAGUGCGUCGGUGGAGAGGAUGUUGAGCUUUUUCUUGGGGUGACCAAGGUAAGGUGUGUGAGAAGAACUUGGAUCCUAGGCUAAUGAAGCAUUAGGCGUUGCUGGAAGCAGAACUUCCUCCACGUCAGAUUAACUUGAUAAUUAUGAAACGAAAGGUACCUCCUGCUGGUGCUCCAGUUUUUCAGUGAACCAAAUAAAAACUAUCUCUGACUGCAAAGGGAUGGGAGAGGUUGCACCUGAAAGCAGCACUGAACGUUUUGAAUGUGAGAUAGUAAAUACCAUCCCAACCGGAGGGAGUGCAAGUCAGAACAUGCAUCAGACUUUGGGCGUUACUACAUAUUUUGAUUACAGGGUUUUCUUCUGUAGUAAGAUGUCCUUGCCAAGCUAAUUUUUGACAGUUGUAGAAUUUUUCAGGGAAGCAAAGGGGUCUGUUUUGCUUAAUUUAACAAUGUAAGAUAUAUUCUAUGGAUUUCAUUUUUGUAUGUUUGCUUUUGUGGGGGAGGAGGCUCACUUUUUUCCCAGAGAGAGAGAGAGAGAGAGAGAGAGAGAGAGAGAGAGAGAGAGUGCUUAUUACUUGUACGUCUUGUUUGUACUUAGUGUGCAUUUUGUGCUGUGUGUAUGUACACACAGAUGCAAGAUUCUUCUAUAAUAAGAGUGAUUUUCAAUCACUUCUGUGGGCAUUAACUAGAUGCAUCAUUUUCCUUGUUAAAAACCUGAAUGCAAAACCAAAAUUGCAACCAAAACUCGCAGUAUUUUAAUGGCAUUCCCGUGUUUCUUCUUUUCCCUUCUGAAACAUAACCAAAAUGUCAACCUGAAGCCGAUUCUUACUAGUAAUUCUGCUGUACUUUGACUAAGCUUUCCCAUUAUAUUAAACAUUUCAUAGCUUUUUCAUCAUUUAAAAUUAUGGUUUCUUAUUUUAUUUUUCUUUGGUAAGAGCUUUGAUCUCUAUUGAACUAAAACUGCCAGAGGCCCCCAGUGUGUGCUGCUGUUAAUUGUUCUGAUUAACAAAAGGGAAGAACCAAUGUAUAUAAAGUGAAAAACAAAAAAGUGAUUCCAUAUACUCAGAUCUGUGAUUCAUUGCCUUAAACUUUCUCCUAAGUUUCCAUACAGCAUGCCAAACAAGUUUUAAAAAGUGGCUUUUAAAAAUGUAUAGUAGACCAAUGUCAGUUUGUAUAAAAGUACCAAGUGAAAAUAUUUAUUACAUGCAUUGGAAGAGAAAUGGUUUACCCUAUUGAAUGUUACUUGUUUAUGUAAAACAUCUUUAGAUGUAAUAAAAAACAUUAUUAUGUU